CGCUCCACGCCUUGCUCAAUCACCGGGAUCUCGACUUCGUAUUCAACAGCUUAACACUGUACCUUACUUCACAAGCGGGAUAGACUCCUCCGCGACAAACGAAACCAUGGCAGCGUAUCCACGAGAGUUUGUCUGCCACGACGAGUCGGCUACCGCUCUCUUUGGUGAAUCCCCGCAGUUGGAGCUGCUCCUUGAGAAUACCGACUAUCCUUUUGCACACGAAGCUAGUGUCUUUAUCCAAGAAAACAGGACGCUGUUUAUCACCAGUAACCAAUUUGAAGAUGUAAAAACCGGGGAGCGAAAGAUUCAGAUAAGUCGUGUUACGCUGCCGAAAGAGGGAGGUUCUGCUUCGUGCGAGGAGAUUCAUCCGAGCGAUGUGCCGAUGGCGAAUGGAGGCGUGAACUACAACGGCGGCAUCUUGUUUUGCGCUCAGGGAACGCUGGAUAACCCGGGUGGCCUCGCAUUCAUGGAAUCCCAACCCCCAUAUCGCUCCCAUUCUCUGAUCACCUCAUACCACGGCCGGCCGUUCAACUCGGUCAAUGACGUCGUGGUACACUCUGACGGAUCAAUCUGGUUUACAGACCCAAUUUACGGCUCCGAACAGGGCAUCCGACCGAAACCUAGGUUGCCCAACCAAGUAUACCGAUAUGAUCCUCAGAGCGGGUCGAUCCGUGCUAUGGCGGACGGAUUUGGCCGUCCCAACGGGAUUUGCUUCAGUCCGGAUGAAAAGACAGUCUACGUGACUGAUACAGACUGGAUUCAUGGCGAUGGGACGACAGAUGAUUGUCGCGCAUCAAGCAUAUACGCAUUCGAUGUGGCGCUGUACUCGAAUUCACCGUUCCUCACAAACCGAAGGCUUUUUGCCAUGGCUGACACUGGGAUCCCCGACGGAAUUAAGUGUGAUGUUCAUGGGAAUGUCUACAGUGGGUGUGGCGAUGGCAUCAACGUAUGGUCUCCUGGAGGAGUCCUGCUUGGAAAGAUCCUUGUUGAGGGUGGUGCUGCUAAUUUUUGUUUCGGGGCUGAUGGAGAAGUGUUUAUCUUGAAUGAGACUCGCAUUUGGAGAGCCCAGUUAGCAACUUCAACAAAAGGAGCCUUGCUGGGGAUUUAAUUAGGGUCUAUACACCGAGCAUUGCAAUGGACGACCGGCGCCAAAGGAUAUCAAGACGCUGACAUUGGAGAAGACGUAUGUCAUCGCUUCCGUAUAAAGUGCGCCAU